UGGUAGUUCUCAUCCUACAACAAGGACUACAACUGCAUCACCUACAAGUACAAACAUAAUUGUACUUCCUACAUCGACAACCAGAACUUCAACUUAUAUCUCAACUUCUAUGACAUCAACAACUAGAUUCGGCACAGUGGGAGUUUUUGUUAAACUGAUAUUCAAGGUCAAAACACCAGUCCCCACUGAGGAUGAUGUCCUUGGUGCCGUCAAGAAGCAAUUGUCUCCUCAAUUCACGACCACUCAAACCACCUUCCAGAAUGCAACUUAUAUCAAACUUACAGAUACUUCAUUUGCCAUCGACCUUGGUUUCAAAAUAACCAAUGUAACGCAGGAGUCUCUAAGUAAUAGACUCACACUCACCAAUGAGACCGAAACCCAGAUACAGGAUUCAAUUAACAGACUACUCCAUAAGGUGCUCAGUGAACCAGACGGCAAACAGUUUCAAUUUCCCAACGCCAACUUCAUUGAUGAUGGCACUGAAAUCACGGCAAACGUGACGUAUGUAUACAAAGAGGAAGAUGUCAACCACCCUAGUGGUUUUCUACAGGAAGUCUUAAAAGUCUCAGGUCUCCUGACCACCACUGUUGCCCCAACAACAACUACCAACACCACUCCACUUCCUACCCUUUUGACUUCAGUGACAUCAACAACUAGAUUCGGCACAGUUGGAGUUUUUGUUAAACUGAUAUUCAAGGUCAAAACACCAGUCCCCACUGAGGAUGAUGUCCUUGGUGCCGUCAAGAAGCAAUUGUCUCCUCAAUUCACGACCACUCAAACCACCUUCCAGAAUGCAACUUAUAUCAAACUUACAGAUACUUCAUUUGCCAUCGACCUUGGUUUCAAAAUAACCAAUGUAACCCAGGAGUCUCUAAGUAAUAGACUCACACUCACCAAUGAGACCGAAACCCAGAUACAGGAUUCAAUUAACAGACUACUCCAUAAGGUUCUCAGUGAACCAGACGGCAAACAGUUUCAAUUUCCCAACACCAACUUCAUGUCUCCUGACCACCACUGUUGCCCCAACAACAACUACCAACACCACACCACUUCCUACCCUUUUGACUUCAGUGACAUCAACAACUAG